AUGCACACUACCAGUCUUAGUGAGACAGCUAUCAAAAUUUUAGAAGAGAAAGAGGUUAAUGAUCGUAACUUCCUUGACUUAUCUCAAAAAGAGUUUGAACAUCAUGAAAUGAAAUUAAGGCUAGCAAAAAAACUCGCGAAGUUCGCUAGACUCAAGAACACUGACAAAAUCCCAUUAUUUUCUCUACAAACUCAUGAAAUUCAAGAGUCUAACAAGCACUUCAAAUAUUGUAUGGCAGAAAUUUUAGUCAGGCUAAAAAAUUACGACACUUUGGUCAUUGAUAGCUUAGAAGCUAUGCGUAAUGAAUAUGUUGUGACGAUUCUUCAUAUCGCAAUCAAUAUUAUAAGAGAUUCUACAAGGGAAGAGCUCAGCACAAGACCUGAGUACGAAAUAAUUAAUGAUGAUAGCACAGGACAGGUUGACUUCGCAAUCAAGAAAGCUGAGAAUCUUAUUUGUGUCAUUGAAGACAAAUCAGAGUAA